CCAAAUCAAGAUUACAAGGCGGUUUGUUGAUAUUUGAGCCCCAGGAAUAGCCUUAACACGUGCUCAGCAUGUGCCCAAUCGCAAAACCCAAGGGGCCAAUUUUAUCGAGGCAUUGAAAAAUUAUUUCCGCAUCACCGGAGGAUACGCGCUUUAUGGACCCGGACCACUGAACCGGUACGCCGGCCUCCUCAGCACGACUCAACAUCCUUUUUUACAAGGAAAAAACGCACGUAUCCCUCACGAUCGAAAACGAGGAUAAAGAUAAACCCUCACGUGUUUGUUGUUUUUCCCUUUCUCUGUCAAUCGAAGAAAGCGAAAACACAGAAAUGGCAACAAUGCAAUGCUUCCGCUAUUGAAACGAAUCCACUUCCUUUUUGUAAAAUCAGAUCAGAAAACAGUUUUCCAUUUUUAUUUCUAGUUUCGAUUUCAAUAACAAAAGAAAAAGGAAAGAAAUAAGGAAAAUGGCUUCGAAUCCUGCCCUGAAGCCCGAGAUCGGACCCGAUGGACUCGCUAGGGAAGCUCCUGUCAUCGCCUACACUGAGAAGAUAAUCGAGGAAGAGCAGCUUCAACUCAAGAAAUACAUAGAAGAAAAUUAUUCUAAAAUACGUGAUGUUGAAAGAGAACUAUCAAAUCUUACAAUGGAGAUGAAACUCACCGCUGGGCCUAAAAAAGCAGCCCUAGAACACUUGAGAAAGAAAAUAGAAAUGUCAACUGAGAGAAUUCACAUUGCCAAGCAGAAGGAAGAACAAGCACGAAAGAUUUGGGAAGCAGCAGUAAAGGCUCUGAAUGAUGAGGAAGCAAUUAAGCAGAAGUUAUGUGAGGACUUAAACAAUCUGGUUCAAGAAAGCAGUAACUCCCAGUUUGCUCGACUUGAGGAAUUGAAAAGACGAUUGGAAGCUCUGAACCCAAGUAGAGCAUCCACUUUGUCUCAUCAUGACAGGAAAGCAAUUGGAUCUGCACAGGGCGCUGCAACUGUAGAUGCUUCCUCAGUUCCUCAAACAACACAAUCGGGCUCUACUGCUUCUGAAAAUGUACCUAAUCAACGUAAUGAUGGAAAUGUUUUAGCUAUGAAUGGGCAGAAUCAAUUGCCCACAAAUGAUGGAGAAGUAAAAGGAAAGAAGAAAAGCCAGUUUCAAGGAAGAGGAAAGGGGAUUGGGGCUGUGCCCAAGGGUAGAGGAUCUGCAGCACCUGGCUGGACAGGAGCAGGGUUUGAUGUGGAUGGUAGAACUUAGGAGCAUCAUUUUAGAUCUUCUGUUUUCUUUGCUGAAGGAUCAGAGCAAACUAUCAGUGUUUGCACAUUUUAUGGGGUAUCACCAGUCUUUCUCCCCCUUUAUUUCCAUUGUUUUCACCCUUGUAUUCUUUCAAUUGCAUAUAGCUUGUUGAUAUGAAUGAUUGUAUUUGGCUAUCUUUUUUUAUUAAUUUCCAGGACUGAUAUAUGUCAUUAGUAUUGUCUUCAAGCAGGAGUCGAUCAGAAACUAUCUCUUUAAAAAACUAUAAAAAAGGAAAACUCUCUUUCUCU